AUGAAUCUGUCGGCUACUUUAAAUAUUGAACCUACAACAAGUCUAGAGAUGGAACCAGCAGAACUACCAAAUGCAGUCAUGCGGCCAUUCACACCCGGGAAAUGUCUGUUCUGCCCCGUUUCGUCACAAGAUUUCUCCGACAGUGUGACACAUAUGCAAAGGUCACACGGGCUUUUUAUCCCGUAUGAGCAACAUUUGCUAGUUGACCUCGAAACUCUAUUCAAAUACCUACACCUUGUUAUUUUUUCAUAUCGGGAAUGUCUUCAAUGCGGUACCGAAAGAGCGACCGUGGAGGCUGUACAGCAACAUAUGACCGCCAAGGGUCACUGCAGAUUUGAUGUCUCAGAAGUCUCGGAGUUUUCAGAGUUUUACGACUUCUAUGGGCCAGAAGGAAAUGCGGAGACAGCCACUGAGGUCGAAAGCAAUGAAGAAGAACAGGAUGAGAGACCGUCAAGGACAAGCAUGAAGCCAGUGUUAGCUGACGAAGACUCGAUUCGUUUACCGUCAGGCAAAAUCAUAUCAAGACAGUCCUCAGCACCAACGAGGCUAUCGUUCAGCCAUUUACAUCAACGAAGGAGAAACUCGCCUUCAAAAGUCAAACAUUCCUUGGAGGAAUCAAACGAAGAGAAGGGUUUCGGUGGAAGUGAACUCGAUUCAGAACCCAGCAAGCAGCUGCUAUCUAGGAGGGAAAAGCGGGAGCGGGCAACAGUCUCAUAUCAGCUGGCAAAAAUGAGUGCCAACGACCGAAAUAGCUUGAUGCACCUCCCCGCGUCCCAACAGCGAUCAUUACUGGCGGUGGAGAACAGGCAUGGUGAAAAAGUACAAAAAGAACAACAAAGGAGGCAAACCAGAAUCGACCGAAAGGGGAACAAAAAUCUGUACGCAUAUUGGCAUACUGAAACGCCAGUGUACCAGUGUGGCUAG